AAUUUUUCAACUACUUUUACAAUUAGAAUAUUCCCAGGAAAGCAAGAUUAGAAUGUCAUUUUAUGGCUAUAAGGAUGUUAUAGAGGAAGGAGACUUGGUUUUGGCGUUUAUAAGCCGAAACCAAAUCAAACCUAUUACUGUGAAAAGAGGCGAACGAUUAAAUUCUAGAUACGGUCAUUUUGACCACGAUAAGAUGAUUGGAAUGAAAUACGGACAACAAAUGGGAGGAAUUAACGAUUACGGGUACAUCCACUUACUUCAUCCGUCACCCGAGCUCUGGACGAUUUCCUUACCGCAUAGAACUCAAAUUGUUUACUCACAUGAUUCUUCGUAUAUUAUCCAGAGACUAAAUGUUUGUAGUGGGAGUCGAGUGAUUGAAGCAGGAACUGGUUCAGCAUCAUUCACCCACUCAUUUGCAAGAACCAUUGGGUUAGAUGGUCGCUUGUUCACAUAUGAGUUCCAUGAACCAAGAUACUUGGAAGCAAGAAGAGAACUAGAAGAGCAUGGCAUCACUCAAAAUACUUUGAUCACCCAUAGAGACGUUUGUAAUGAUGGAUUUGAUAUGGAAAACAUUCCUCAAGGUUUUGACCAAGAAGGAGGAAUUCAAGGAGAAGCCGUAUUCCUCGAUUUACCUUCUCCAUGGAUAGCAGUUAAGAAUUUAAAAUCAGUGAUCACCAAUAAAAAGCGUGUUGGGCUCUGUUGUUUUUCUCCUUGCAUUGAACAAGUAGACAAGACAGUUAAGGCUUUACAAGACGAAGGCUGGAGCAAUAUAGAAAUGGUUGAAGUGCAAGGAAGAAGAUGGGAAGCCAGAAGAGAAAUGGUGAGGUCGGUAGACGAUGUUGUGAAAAGAUUGAAAAACAUCCAAUCCAGAAAACAAAUGGGUAUCGAAGGCAAAAGAGCCAGUAACGUCAAUCCGCCAAAACGCAAAAUAGAUGAGGUCGACACUGACGAAACCCCAGAACCGUUUACUGAAAAACCUUUGCAACCAAAAGAAUACAAUCCUUUUGGAAAAGGAACUAGAGUCAAGGAAGGUGACUCUCGUUUCGACUGGAGACAAGUCACCAAAAUCGAGUCUGAAAUCAAAACCCAUACCUCCUACUUGACCUUUGCAUACAUGAAUCCAUCCAGUUAA